UUGUAUAAAUUCCCCUUCGAAAUCACUUUCACAUUGUUCCGAGUGGCAAGGCUAAGCGCACGUGCUGUUCUGGCAGCAGCCAGGUGGAUUUGUUUACAAAUUGGGAAAAUAAAGCAGCUCUUGUGAUAAAUGCUUGUUAGUACAACUUUUACUAGUUUGUUUACAAAAUGUUUAAGUUUGCAUUUAAUGUAGAAAUUGACAACGAAAAUCCUUUCAGCGUUAACAUUAAAGAAAGUGGUUCAGAUCAGACAAGUGAAAACGUAGGAAAGGAUGGACCCGAGGAGUGGUACACCGCGGAGAAAGUAGUCAUAAGUUCAGAAAUUUUAGAAAACUUGGAUGUAUACAAGUUAAAUGCAACCACCUUGAAUGUUGGUGACUUGCCCAUACAUCAUGUAGUGACGGGAUUCCUAUUACAACACAUCACCAGCAACAGCGGGGAUAAUAAAGAUAUUUCGAAAGCCGAGCAAACGCACUCUGAUCUUAUACCAGGAGUUUACGAAGGAGGUGCAAAAAUCUGGGAAUGCACUGAAGAUCUUCUCAAGUACUUGGCGAAAAAUUUUAAACCACAAUCAUGGCGCGGCAAAAGAGUGUUGGACCUAGGCUGUGGUGCAGGUUUGCUCGGCAUUUAUGCAUACAGAUGUGGCGCUAUUGUGCAUUUUCAGGAUUAUAAUAAAGAUGUGCUGACACAAAUUACAAUACCAAAUGUGCUCCUAAAUGUAGUUGACGUGAAACCAGCAAAAGACAAUUCCAACUCGGAGGAUGCGACUGAGUCAAAAGUUGACCUAGUUAAUACUGAUGACUUAGGAAAAAAUGUAGAAUUUUAUUCGGGCGAUUGGUCCAAAUACUCGGAGUUGACUUCUGAAAGUGUAGAGUGCAAAAGUGAUAAAUUUGAUUAUAUAUUAGCAUCAGAGACUAUUUACAAUCCAAAAAAUCAGCAAAAACUCUUAGAUACAUUUUAUGUAAAACUAAAGCCAGAUGGAGUAGUUUUAGUCGCGGCAAAAACAUACUAUUUUGGAGUUGGGGGUGGACUAAGACAAUUUGAAACCUUGAUUGCAAAUGAUAAACGCUUUCAGAGCAAUGUGGUCUGGACAAGCACGGAUGGUGUGGGACGGGAAAUAUUAGAAUUAAAAUUAAGUGAACAAUAAACACAUGUUUUAGUUGUUAGUAAAGCUAGUUAGUAAAAGACGACCUUAAAACAGAAACAAUUUGAUUUCAAACCAAUUUCAGUACUUUUAAUACACAUAUUCAGAGAAAAAUUCAGUUUCUUAUUUUAAUAAAUUGUACAAUAAGCGUUCUUUAAGCCAAUGGUUA